CGAAACGCAUGUACUGGAAAUAACCGAUCUCUCUCUCGCUCGUUACGUUUGGCUUCUUCGCCUCCCUUAUUACUCCAUCGUUAUUUGAGUCUAUUCGUUCGUCUUUCUUGUUCUUCUUCUCCUUGAGUUUGACCCCAAUGGCGGGGCUGAACGGCCCCUUACGCAGCUGGGGCUUGUCUUCUUAUUCACAAAGCAGCUUCGUCUGGAGACUGCUCCUCCUCCUGACGGGCCUCCCUUUGCUUCUUGCUGUUUUUGCUUUCUUUCUCCAGUGGCGCGGCGGCCUGGACGAUCCCGAGUCGAGAUGGCCGGCGGCUGGGGAUCGGAGUUUCCCCGGCAUGGGUGACAGCCCGCUGAGCCUCAGUGGCUCGUCUCCGUUGGCGACUUCACUGCUGUCUACAACGGCGGCGGAUUGCGGCGAGAUUCUCGGUGGAAACUCCUCUCCCUCAUUCCCUUAUCACCGCGGGGGGAUUGAUCCCCGGCCUAAGAUAUGUAUCACCUCAAGCACUUCGGCUGGUCUAGAACAGAUCUUACCAUGGUUAUUUUACCAUAAAACCAUUGGAGUUACAACCUUCCUUCUGUUUGUAGAAGGAAAAGCUGCAAAGCCAAGCUCUUCAGCAGUUUUGGAAUCGAUUCCUGGGGUGAAAAUAAUAUAUAGGACUAGAGAGCUUGAGGAGAAGCAAGCUAAUAGCCGCAUCUGGAAUGAGAAUUGGCUUGCAGGGUUCUUUUACAAGCCCUGCAAUUAUGAGCUAUUUGUCAAACAGUCACUUAACAUGGAAAUGGCUAUCGUUAUGGCACGGGAUGCUGGAAUGGAUUGGAUCAUCCAUCUUGACACAGACGAGUUGAUACAUCCAGCUGGAGCUCGAGAGUACUCAUUAAGACGACUUUUAUCUGAUGUUCCUGACAAUGUUGAUAUGGUGAUCUUUCCAAAUUAUGAAAGUAGCAUUGAGCGGGAUGACAUUAAAGAUCCUUUUAGCGAGGUCUCAAUGUUUAAGAAGAACUAUGAUCAUCUUCCAAAGGAUACCUAUUUUGCUAUGUACAAGGAUGCAACACGUGGUAAUCCUAACUAUUUUCUUACAUAUGGAAAUGGAAAAUCAGCUGCUAGAGUUAAAGAUCAUCUCCGUCCCAAUGGUGCUCAUAGGUGGCAUAACUACAUGAAGUCCCCAAAUGAGAUCAAGUUAGAAGAAGCUGCUGUUCUGCAUUACACUUACACAAAAUUUUCAGAUUUAACUUCUCGGCGUGACCGUUGUGGCUGUAAACCAACCAAGGAUGAUGUCAAGAGAUGCUUUAUGUUGGACUUCGACAGAGAUGCUUUCAUUAUUGCAUCAACUGCAACAGAAGAGGAAAUGUUGCACUGGUUCCAGGAGCGUGUUGUGUGGACUAACAGGCAGCUAAACCUAAAACUUCUCCGAAAGGGCGUCUUGACUCGUAUAUAUGCUCCAAUGGCCAUUAUUCAAAGUUUGAAAGCAUCCGGCAUUUUUAGCCAUGCAAUUACCUCAGCAAACAAUCAUUCAUCGACGGAAAACUUUCAGAACCAGAAUUCUUCUGUGCUUGCAACCUCUAUCCAUGGCAGAACUACUGGAACCAUCUCUUCAGUUGAAUCUCAAUCUCACCGCAAAAUCCUCCAGAUUUUCCAAACAUCUGAAGCAGCUGUUCCCCCUCUAUCACCCCCAGAUCUUAACGAUCUGGAUAUAUCUUCUUGAUUGAUCUUGAUGAGUAGCUGUUCUUUGGUGCUGAUUUUCUGAGAAGGUUUCAGACUUUCUUUCAGCUACGAGAGCUGAAGAUAGAAUGGAAUCUCUUCUGUUGCACCGAUCUUCUUCCCGAUCUCGUAUCAUCCAAGCGCUGGUUUAUUUUUCUGUACUGAGUUCAAUUUUUUAAAAAAAAUGUUAGAAAAUAGAUAGAAUAGAAUUGGUUAGUCAUAGUUGGGGAUAAAAGCGAGUUUGAUUGCUUGUAUUCCCUGUUGAACCCGUAUUGCGGUUCUUGGCAGUUGUGUAUAGGAAUAUUAUUCUACAGGAUUAUUUUAAAUGAAUUUCUUUUGAUUCUUCCAUGGAA